AUGUGUCAGUGGCCGCAACGGCCCGAUAGUCUGAUCGAUGAAGCCUUUGGAGAGCUCGCGAAGCGUUGGAAGCCGAUCCUUGAUGCAUUCGACGAAGCUGCUGUAGAUGUCUGCUAUGAGAUUCAUACUGGCGAAGAUCUCCAUGAUGGCACUUCCUUCGAUCGCUUCCUGGAUGCUACUCACCACCACCCACGAGCUUGCAUCUGCUUCGACCCCUCCCACUUCGUCCUCCAGCAGCUAGACUAUCUCUUGUUCGUCGAUCACUACCAUGAACGCAUCAAAAUCUUUCACGUCAAGGACGCCGAGUUGAGGCCAAACGGCAAGCAAGGUGUAUAUGGAGGCUUUGCAGGUUGGCGUGAUCGAGCUGGCCGCUUCCGUGCCCUUGGCGAUGGCCAAGUGGACUUCAAGGCCUUAUUCACUAAGCUAGCUCUCUACGACUAUUCUGGCUGGGCAACACUUGAGUCCGAGUGUGCUGUGAAAGAAGCCAUAAUUUGCGCUGAAGAGGGAGCACCACGGAUACGAGACUUUAUCCUUCCUGUAGCAGCUUCUGACUUCGAUGACUUUGCCGGGGCAGGAAACACUGAUCCGAAGCAGAUAUUGGGCAUCGGUAGAUAG